GUAUUUGAAAAACUGUAUGAUCAUGGUAAACACUUUAAUAUACUUGAGAAAUUUUUUACAUGUUAAUGAACUGCAUCUUUUUUUUAAAUAGUUAAUGGAAAUACAGUCCCUUCCUGGGUGUGAGGCUAGGUAUCCAGAUGUAUUGGAAUUCAUUAUUUGUUGAGUCCUGAACCUUUGAGUCUGCUUCUAACUCAGCUUAUGCCAAGGAAACUAGGCCAAGGUGAUAUCUAAGCUAUUGACCAAACCAUCUGGACUAACAAUUACAUGUGAAAUUCCACCUUGUAAAUGGGAGGAGAGGAAUAAAAGAUACCUUUAAGGAUUUAAAAAAGAUGAAAUGUACCCAAAAUAUCCAAUAAAAAAGUUUAAAAUAAAAAUAACUUAGGAAAUACAAAAUACUGCGGUGCCAUUCCACAAUCAUGAUGUGUUUCUUCUGUGAUAGCUUACAGGUUAAUUUACUUCUCUGUAACUGUUUUCUUAUUUCAAAGUAUGUAAUGGCAUCAUCUGUGGAGUGAUGGUGAGAACAAAAGCUUUUCCGAACUUGAAUAAUCGAUCCCUCCUGAGCAUGUGCUUAACAUUCUAAGCACAGGGAAAUUUCCUGAGGGGAUUAAAAAACAAAAUCCAAACAUAAAACAGGAACAACAACGAUGUAAAAACAUUCUGCAGUCUGGGUAUGAAGGCAUGUUGCAACUUUAAUCACCUUUUUAGGUAUUUCUGAUAAAUCACAUAAAAAAACAAAAAUCCCAUCACAGUCCUAGCAACAAAGAGAGAGCUGUGAGGUAGUGCCUACUGCUUUUCCCCAGAUACCCCUGGGCCUCAGGCCUGCACCCAGUGAGCUGGACCAAGAGCAGCCAGGUUGAAAUUCCUGCUGCCAUGGCAGGAUUCUGCAGGAACAUUUCCCUUUGACAACAAGGAACCUGUGUGGAGGAGACCUCUUGGUGAGUCCUCAUGGACUCUGCAUUUCCUAUUCUACAGGGAGAAGCCCUGCCAGGUCUUUGGCAAGGCCAGCCAGUUGUAUGGGGAAGUCUCUGGUCCUGUGGCAGAGGGUGAGGAAUGGCAGAAAGAAUGGCAGCUCCACUGAGAGCAAAGGUUAACCCUUCUAGGCCUAUGACCUCCUAAUUAAUUUAUCUUCUCACCCGAUGCCCUAUUCACAUUUUCUUACUAUCAUACAACUGUGAUCUUGAUGAGCAGCUGGGCUCUUGUUUUCUUAAUCAGUUCUUUGUUGUCACAGACCUUUUUAACUUACUCCAGCCCCUGAGACUUAUUCAUACCUUCUGUAUGCAGUAGGACCCUUGGUGGGACUGUCAUCUCAAAAAUAGAAGGUUAGGUAAUCCAAAAGAUUGGACUCCAGUUUACCUCAGUCCAGGAAAGAAGUCAGCCACCAUUAGUAAAAGAACAAGGGAAAAUUUACAUAGGAAAAACAAGUCCUUAAUUAGAAGAAAAGAUCCUCAACUUCUAAGGGGUGCACAUUGCACCCCUCUCUUCUGAGCUUUGUAAAGUGAUGUUGUAUAACUCUAGAUGGUAGUAAAAGGCAGAGCUCUUCCCAGAAAGGUCAAACAUGAUUUUUACUCUUACAUCUGUGAGGUGGGGUGGCAUUAUAGCACACAUUCAGGUGGAAUUAUAACACCAAGGAUAAGAAGACAAAAUCCAUAUAUCACAAUGCCAAAUGGACUCCCUGCUGAACUUAUGGACCCAUUAAAAUUGAGGUUCAACCUGAACUCAGGCCAUUCCACUCCCUUCUCAUCCUCCUGAUUCUUAUGUUUGGUAGGAGUAAAGGAUCAUGGUGCAGCCCCCAAUAUUCUCAUGCCUAGACUUGCCUAUUCAGAAAGAAUGAUAUUGGAGAAGUGAGGGCUAUGUCGUUACAAUGUAGUAACACAAGCUCCAAGUUGACAUUUGCUCACUGACGUCCAAUUUAAUUGUCUUGUUAUAUUUGAGAAAGGGAGGAUGCCCUAUUUAAUAUAUAAAAGGGAAAGAAAUUUAUUAUUUUAUAUAUGCCCUGUAGUUGGUCCCUAUGUUCCCAAGAAAAAGGAGUUUUUAUUGCAAAAAAAAAAUAGGAUUAUAGACCAUUGAUUUUGUGAAAUACAUGGAUAUGUAAUUGGAAACAAUGUCAGCUGUCAAGGACUGCACAAUAAUCAACUAUUUCUCGGUUUUAUAUAUUCAGAGGUAUAGAAGAAACAUAUUGGCCUCCAGAAAAAGGGAAAAGCUUAGGAAUCGAAAUGUAUGUCACAUCAUUGUCUCGAGUAGUAGAUUUACUUUUAAGAAAAAUCUCCCUCCUUGGCCCCUAGAGAUUUGGGUGCUAAGAAAAAUCUGUUCUCCAAUUGAGGGUUGUAAGGAACUCUCCCCAGCAAAAGCAUUGUUGACUUCUAAUGAAGCAGAGAGAAACAUCUAGCUUUGAAAUAGAGGUUGCCAAAUGGUAUUCCCAGUGACACAUGAGAGACUGGAGGAAAGGUCUCCACAGCAAUUCAUCACAUUGGAGAGAGUUGGUUAGUAGGUAGGCCAUAGAACUUUCCAGUGACAUCAUCUGUAAGCCCUUCACUGGACAAUCUUUUGUAUCUAAGAGAUCCCUAGAAUCGUCUGUGAUGUCACCAGUGUUGUGGUGACACCAACUGCCUUUGGGAUAUUUCUUCAGUUCCCUUUGGGUUCACAAGCAGGCAUGUUUCGCCAGCAGCUCAGGAUAUUUCGGAAGGAAAGGGGAGAUCAAGGAGAGAGCACACCAGGUCAGAGGGAAGCUGACCCCUUCUCUAGUGAAACAGGAAGGAGGAAAUCAUUCUGGGGAAGGCUUGGUUUUGGUAGGAAGGCAUCAUCCCAAAGUGUCAUCAGUAAGCAAGAGGAGUGUCUAAAGGAACUGGAGGAAUUCAAAUUUGAAAUCCAGAAGUGUCAAUUCGAGAGGGAUGAACUUUAUCAAAUCCUGGACCUUUAUAUCUAUGAUGAUUGGGACCACAGGCUGGAUGUCGAAUUGCCAGUCCUUCAAUCCGAACAUGAGAUGAGAAUGAUGGCUAUGCAAAUGAUGACCAACUCAAUAAGUGAUGCCAUGGAGAGGUACAAGGAGCUCAUACAAGUGAACAGUUCCUACCGCGUGAGGCACUCCCAGCUCCUGCGUGAACAAGCUCAAUUGAAGAACAAUAUACAAAUUUUGCUGAAUGAGAAGAGAAAACUGCUGGUGGAGCAGACUGAACUGCCAGCAUCCUCUGUGGAGGCAAAGAGGCUCUGUGAAGAGGCCGGAAUGAACAUCUGUGACCCCAGUGCCAAGCAACAGCAGGUCUGAAAUUCUCCAGCAGAAACUUGAACAUGACACAGACCAGGACAAGAUCUCCCUUGGAGAGAAGUGCUACAGGAGGUGGACUAAGUGUGCACAGCAAAUACACCACUACUGCAUCUCAUCUGUAAUGUCCAUAGCAAUUGUGGACUGCAUUUUCCUCCUUUAGUUUAACUUCUUUGGAUUGAAUAGGCCUUACUUUCAUCUCGGCUCUAUCCAGCAAGUGUAUACAUUUGGAGGGACUCAGAGAAGUGCUGAUGCACAUCAAUCAAGAGCUGCUGGUCAUCCAGAAAGAGUGUGCAUUUGUAAAUUUGUACUUGUCCUGAUAGGUCUUCCAGAAGAGUUUCAUGGAGAUCAGUUCACAACAUUGGAAGGACUUUGAAACAAAUCAUUCAUGUAUUUUAUACUCAUUAUUGCAUGGCUUUUUCCUUAAUAGCCCCACUCCAACAAAACAACCUACUUCCACUCCUCUUGCAAAGAUUAUUAUCAUCAGUAACUGCUUGUCUACUAUGUCUCCAAGGCAAGCCACAGGCUAUGAAUCCAUUCUGCAAAAGGAGCACCAAAAGAAUGCUUAACACAAUUCCUCUAUUUAAAGUUUCGUUGAGUUUUGAUUAUCUUGGUUAUUUGGUUUUCCUUCUAUUCAUUUGAAGUUUUGUUAUUUAUGUGUUGUUGUUUUGUUCAUUUGCUUUUCUAUUUUGAUAUUUUGAUAAGGAUAUAGACUGUAUAUAUUGACUACCUGCAUCUGGUUACUAUCCAGUAAAUUGGAUGUAUUCUGUUGAAUAAAAGAGUAAUAAUCUCAAACUCUUCACUCCUAAGAACCUUCUUUAUUGAUAAUCAGUGUCAACAUCUGAAGUUCCACAGCUAUCAGGGAGGGAUCGAUCUCUGCAUUCUCAUCGGGACUGGGCAUCAAAAUUACUUCCCAGUAAGACUGAGAUUCAAAGGCAGUUUCACAGUCACUGUUCACUGUGUUUCCAACUCUGUGAAUUGCAACUUCAUCAUGCAUAUAUUACCGACUGUGUAUGCUUGCUGUCAAGUAUAUAGUUACCUCUAAAUUAUACGCUGUGGAUGAGAGUGUUGAACAAAUUAAUGGGAUAAACAUUAAUUUUUCUGUAAUAUCUCCCAGGACAUAUAAACAUGGUAUAAUUGAGUUUAAAGCAAUCGGGAAGCCUGCAACCAAAUCCCGUGGCAGAGAGUACUGAACACUCAGGAAUGCAGAUAAUCCUGAGACCACAGGACAGAAAGCCACUUCUGCCCAGCUCUGCCCACAUCUCUGGCCCAAUAUUAAUCUGCAUGAUUCCUCUGGAAACAGGAAUAGAGGAGCUUUCAACGGUAGGAACCUGCUUGGUCCAGCCUGCGCCCAGAACCGCCCCGUGCCCUGAGCAUAUUUGAAGAAAACCAGAGGCAUACAAUUCUCUGUUUCCUGAUUGUAGCAUUUUUUAUUUGAAGCUCUAAACACCAUGUUGUUGUUGUUGAAUUUUAAUAGGAUAUUUUUCAUUUUGAAUUCAAAUGUUCUUCGUUCCUUGUUUUCCAGAAGGAAGUCCAAAUACCAUCGCCCUCCCCCUCUUCUAUAAGGUAUUCCCUUCACCAGCCAUCCACUUUCCCAGCCUAGGAAGGACCAAGGGCUGUUCAUUCCAUUUGUGCCCAAGAAGACCAUCCUCUGAUACACAUGCAGAAGGAGCCAUGGCACAGUCCCUGUAUAGUGUUUGGGUAGUGGUUCAGUCUCUGGGAAUUCUACUUGGCAGGCAUGGUUGUUCUUAUGGGGUUGCAAGUCCAUUCAGCUCUUUCAGUCUUUCUAUAAUUCCUCCAACUGAGGUCCAGUUCUCAGUUCAAUGGUUUGCUGCUAGCAUUAGCCACUGUAUUUGACAUGAUCUGGCUGUGCCUCUCAAGAGACAUCUAUAUCCAGUUCCUGUCAGCAAUGAACUUCUUAGCUUCAUCCACCUUAUCUAGUUUGGAGACUGUAUAUGUAUAGGCCACUCAUGGGGUAGACUCUGAAUGGACAUUCCUCCAGGCUCUGUUCUAAACUUUGCCUCCCUAUCCCUUCUAUGGGUAUCCCCUUUGAAAGAAGGAGUGAAGCAUCAGCAUUUUGGUCAUCUUUCUUGAGUUUCAUGUUGUCUGUGAAUAUUGGUGAAUUCCAGCAUUUGGGCUAAUAUCCACUUAUCAAUGAGUGCAUACCAUGUGUGUGUUUUUGUGAUUGGAUUAAGUCACUCAGGAUGAUAUGUUUUAGUUCAUUCUAUUUGCCUAUGAAUGUCGUGAAGUCAUUUUUUUUUAUAUCUCUGUAGUGCUCCAUUGUGUAGAUGUACCACAAUUUCUGUUUCCAUUCCUCUGUUGAAGGGCAUCUGGGAUCUUUUCAUUUUCUGACUAUUACAAAUAAGGCUGCUAUGAACAUGGUGGAGCGUGUGCCUUGUUGUAUGUUGGAGCAUCUACUGGGUAUAUGUGCAAGAGAGGUAUAGCUGGGUCCUAAGCUAGUGCAAUGUCUAAUUUUCUGAGAAACCUCCAGACUGAUAUCCAGAAUAGUUGUACCAGUCUGCAAUCUCACCAACAAUGGAGGAGUGUUCCUCUUUCUCACAUCUGUGCAAGCAUCUUCUGUCGCCUCAGUAUUUGAUCUUAGCCUUUCAGUCUGGUGUGAGGUGGAAUCUCAGAGUUGUUUUGAUUUGCAUUCCCCUUAUAACUAAAGAUGUUGAACAUUUCUUUUGGUCCUUCUCAGCCACUCCAUAUUCCUCAGCUAUGAAUUCUUUGUUUAGCUCUGAACUGCAAUUUUUAAUAGGGUAUUAGUCUCCCUACAGUCCAACGUCAUGAGUUCUUUGUAUAUUUUGGAUAUUAGCUCUCUAUCAGUUGUAGGAUUAGUAAAGGUCUUUUCCUAAUCUGUUGAUUGCUGUUUUAUCCUAACCAGUGUUCUUUGGGUUAUGGAAGCUUUGUACCUUUAUGAGGUCCCAUUUCUCUACUCUUGAUCUUAGAGCAUAAGCCAUUCGUGUUUUGUUCAGGAAAUUUUUUCCAGUGUCCUUGUGUUCAAGAUGCUUUCCCACUUUUGCUUCUAUUAGUUUGAGAGUAUCUGAUUUGAUGUAUAGGUCCUUGAUCCACCUGGACUUAAGCUUUGUCCAGGGCAAUAAGAAGAGGAUGAUUUGUACUCCUCCAUAUGCGGAUCUCCAGUUGAACCAGCACCAUUUGCUGAAUAUGCUAUCUUUUUUCCACCAAAUGGUUUUGUCUCCCUUGUCAAAAAUCAAGUGCCCAUAGGUGUGUGGGUUCAUUUCUGGGUCUGCAAUUCUAUUCCACUGGUCUAUCCUCCUGUCUCUGUACCAAUAGCAUACAGUUUUUAUCACUAAUGCUCUGUAAUACUGCUUUAGUUCAGGGAUAGUGAUUCCCAGGGAAGUCCUUUUAUUGUUGAGGAUAAUUUUAGCUAUCCCGGGUUUUUUGUUAUUCCAAAUAAAUUUGCAAAUUAUUCCUUCUAACCCUAUGAACAACCGGAUUGGAAUUUUGAUGGGGAUUGCAUUGAAUCUCUAGGUCACUUUGGAGAAAAUGGCCAUUUUUACUAUCUUAAUCCUGCAAAGCCAUGAGCAUGGGAGAUCUUUCCAUUUUCUGAGAUCUUCAAUUUCUUUCUUCAGACACUGGAUGUUCUUGUGACACAGAUCUUACACUUGUUUGAUAAAAGUCUCACUGAGGUAUUUUUAUAUAAUUUGAGACUAUUAUGAAAGGUGUCAUUUCCCUAAUUUCUUUCUCAGCCUGUUUAUCUUUUGGGUAGAUGAAGGCAACUGAUUUGUUUGAGUUAAUUUUAUACCCAGCCACUUUGCUGAAGUUGUUUAUCAGGCUUAGGAGUUCUCUGGUGUAAAUUUUGGGGUGUCUCAUGUAUAUUAUCCUAUCCUCUGUGAUAGUGAUAUUUUGACUUCUUCCUUUCCAAUCUGUAUCCCUUUGACCUCCUCUUGUUGUCUGAUUGCUCUGGCUAAUGCUGGGGACAACAUACAAUGACAGGGACUGCCGGGAGGGAGACAUCUCUGAAGCCUGCAGCAGCUCCUUGUAAAGUAGGGUGGCUUCUGGAAACCUGAGAAGCAGGAGACACAUCUCUCCACGGGACCCACCAUCUUAAAUAAGAGGCUGCGUGCAGCAGUCCGGGAUGGAGACAUCUCAGUAGCCCGCAGUAUCUCUUUGUAAAAACUGGUUGUUUCCAUUUCCCUAACCUUAUUACUGGACAAGGGCUGUAUAGAUUUCAUUUGUGUGUGACUGCCUAUCAGUUGGCCUUGGUGUGCAUAAUUAUUCUAUUAUAUCUGACUUUCUUACUUCUUUCUUCUUCUGCUCUGGUGAAUUCUGUGAAACUAGAUGAUCCUUGAUGUUAUGAUUCUUAGACAAUUGGAAAGUGAUGCACAGGGGCACAGCACAGCACAGCCCUAGUGGCCCAGGUGGAUACUGUGUAUUCUCAUCUUGGAAAAAAAUGUAAUAACUGCACAAUUGCAAUUCCAGAUUAAGGUUUGACUUGAAAAGAACCUUUAAACAUUAUUAGAAAAUGAAUUAGAGCCAACAUUGGGACCAUAAUAAAGGAAAAAGGUAUUGAAGUUAGGAAAUAAGUUUACAUAACAUAUAAGAGUGAUUUCUGGAUAAGGAAGUAUAAAGUAUAUUAAAUCAUAUACUAGAAUACUAAGUCAAAAUAGUCGGACUCUUAUGAGUGUCAUUGUGUGCAAGGAACAGAAAGCUAGCUGAAUUAAUGAGCUAAGGGUUAACUUGAUUCUUUCUGGCCACUGCCUGGCAGUUUUGCCUAUGUCAUUUAUCAGUAGAGCUUCACAGGAAAAUGCAAGUAGCUGACCUCGGAGCUUUGGACUCUGAAGUAUAAAAGUAAAGAGUUAAAGUUUAAAUAAGGAUAAGUUUACAAUUAUUAUUAUUUUGGCCACUGGCAUGGGGAUAGGGAACACUUGAAACUGUGGGGAACAAUUGCAAUUCUUAGUUCUUGAUGGGAUGUAGUUAUUCUCUGAAUUUGAUUUGGAAAUGAUUACACAAUGUCUUUUUUCUACCUGCUUUUGGAUUAUUAAUAAAGGACUGGGGCAAGAGAAAGGCUACAGAACAUGUGAAGAGUAAAUGAGACAGAGCAUGUGGGAGUGAAUGAGAGAGGAAAUGACAGAGCUAAUGUAAGAAAAAAUGUGAGAGCGAAUGAGAGAGCAUGAGAAGAGCAUGUGAAGAGUGAGUGGAGAGAGAAUGUGAUAGUGAAUGAGGGAGCGAAUGAGAGCGCGAGUCUGAGAACAAAUGUGAGAGCCAGGGAGAGAGCAUGAGGAGAGCAUGUGAGAAUGAGUGAGGAGAGAAUAUGAGGUGUGUGUGAAGACUGUGUGUGUGUGUGACAGGAGAGUGCAUGUGGUGUGUGUGAGAUAUGUAUGAGGUGUGUAUGAAGACUGUGUGUGUGUGUGACAGGAGAGUGCAUGUGGUGUGUGUGAGAUAUGUAUGAGGUGUGUAUGAAGAGUGUGUGUGAGAAUGAAAGGAUAAUGAACAGACGUGUGCAUGAUUGUGGGAGUUUGAGAAAAGAAAACUGCAAUAAAAAAGCAGAGUGCACAAAAAAAUGCAGUGUGUGUGCAGUCUCAAGCUGAGAGAGAGAGAGAGAGAGAGAGAGAGAGAGAGAGAGAGAGAGAGAGAGACUUUAAGCGUUGAAGUUGCCUGUCAGUUUGUACCCAAAGAGUAGUCUGUGGAUAUGUAUUAUGCGCCUUCCAGAUAACACUGUUUCCAGGUGAGAACUCUGAUCCUGUGACAGAGGCCAGGAAAGGCUGAAAGAAUGGCUGCAACCCUGAGGGCAAAGGAUAAAACUUUUAGGCCUAGACCUCCUAAUUUAUCUUUUCACCUGAAGCCUUAUUAUUCAAAUUUUCUUACUGGGAUACAACUAUGGUCCUGGUGAGCGUCUUGUCUCUUGGAUGCUCAAUCAGUUCUUUGUUGUCACAGACUGUUUGAGCUUACUCCAGUCACUGGGACUUAUUCACACCUUCAAGUUUCCUGAACUUUUCAGAUUUCUAACAUUUGUGGUAAACUGAGUGACAAAAACAAUGAAUGUUGAGCACUUGGCUGGGGUCCAGUGCAUAUGGAGCUAUGGGUGUAUGGAUAUGGUAAGUCCCUAGGAGUUACUCUAAGAAAGUAGGACUGUGUUAUUAGGACCCCUGUGUGACAUCACUUCACUUUGCCAGCUCUGCCCAGGCUGCAGAGGCACUGAAGGGCCAGCCUUCACCUUCAAGGAGCAACCACUCUUUCAGUCUUUACAGGCUCUCUGUUACUCAACUGGAGGUUUCAGCAGAGGCCUUUCAUCUCAAUAACAGAAGCUUACCUAAUCCAAAACGUUGGGAAGCCAUCCUACACUCCUGAUUGGCUGGUUACCUGAGACCAAACAACAUAGCUCUCUUCUUUAUGCCUUUUUUCCUGAUUCGAACGUAAAUAAUAUGACCAUCUGUGGUGUUGGUGGAAAGAAUAAAAUCAUUAACAUGAAUAACAGGACCAUGCAGAGCAUGGCCUUCACAUUCUAGGUACAGAGUGAAGAGCUAGAGGGAAUUACCAAAGAAAACAAUAAGAAUCCUAAAACAAUUACAGAAAUAAUGAAAUGAAAUAAAAAAAAUCAAAAACAAAAAUACCUUGUGGGUGCUGGAAUUAAAGGCAUGUAUUGACUCUGCUCAGCUUUGUAGGUAUUUCCAAUAAAAAGCAAACAAACAAACAAACAGCCUUAUUAAAAGUGCUGCAUGUGCAGGAGAGAAAGCUGGGAGAUAUCCUGUGCUGCUGCCUGCAUGCUGUGAUUCUGGAGUAACAACUUCCUUGGGAAUAGGAACCUGUAUGCAGUGGGAUCCCUUGCGGGGCCUGUCAUCUCAAAAAGAGGGGCUUCCCUAAUGCAAACCUUGGAAUCCAGUUUGCUUCAGGCAAGGAAUGAAGUCAACCAUCAUUAGUGAAAGAGCAAGGGAAAAAUUACAUAGGAAAAAAUAUGGGCCUUAAUCAGAAAAGAUCCUCAACUUCUAAGGCCUCCACAAUCUCCACCCCUCUCUUCUGAGCUUGGCUUGGUGAUGUUGUGUAACUCCAGAUGGUAGGAAAAGGCAGAGUUCUUCCCAGAAAAGUCAUACAUGAUUUUCACCCUGACAUCUGUGAGGUGAGGUGGCAUCUUAUCACAGAGUCAGCAUACCCAGGAUAAGGACACAGAAGCCACAGAUGACAAUGCCAAAUGGACUCCCUCCUGAUCUCAGGGACCCAUUAAAAUUGAGGUUUAGCCUAACCUUAGGCCAACCCACUCCCUGCCCAUCCGCCUGAUUUUUAUGUUUGCUCUGAGUAAAAGAUCAGAGUGGAGCCCCAAAUAUCCUCAUGAUUGGGCUUGGAAAUUCAGGAGAAACGAUAUUGGAGAAGGGAUGGCUAUGUGGUUACAAUGUGGUAACUAGUUUCUGACCAGGAACCUCGUCCUUAGCCAAUGGGGACUUUAAGGCCGGGCCUCCUGCUUGUUCCAGUGCAGGCUAAGACUUCAGGGUCAGGCCAGCUCCUGAGCCCCACACAGGGCUGCCUGCAUACCCUUGUGACUGCAUUAGAGCUAGAGUGCUCUCUGCCCAAUCCCCUUCUCUCCUCUUUGUCACAGCCAUGGUCCCCAAGAGCACUUGUCAAACACCUUUAUACAUCUAUGUCAAUCUCAAAGUCAGAUUCCCAGAGAAUCAAUCCCCAUAGCUGACCAUAAAUGAGUAUUCACUGUGUGUGUGUAUAUAUAUAAUGUUUUAGAACACAGAAUGGGGAUUCUUGGUGAAAGCUUCGUGGACAUGUGGCUUUGCUAGAUGUCUUUGCACUGGGAUCUUUCCACAUGACUUAGAUAUCCUUGACAUGAGGUCAUUACCCACCACUUUGCCAUUUCAGUUUCGUUUUUCUUUUGGAUGCUAAUGCUCUUUGACAUAAGAUCCAAGGAUGAACUUCCAUACUGGGCUAUGGUUUCAGACGUGAUUUACAGCCCUGUGGCCCUCGGGUUGUUUCCUUUUGAUCCUAGAGGUUGAUUAAUCUUUCCAGCAAGGCUUCCAGUACUUGAUAGGAUUGUGCUACAUGCUGUCAGAGCAGAGUUAUACAGAAUUCAUAUGUUGGCCUUCCUCUGACAGUGCUUACCUUUGCCAAGUCCACAAACAGGGCAGCGCUUGGAAAAAACCACUGCAGGCUAAGAAAUGAUAUAUGUGGGUCUACCCCUGGCUCCUUGAGAAAUGUAAGAGGAAUAUGGUCUUGGCUUACUGGAAGUCUUAUCCCAAGACUAGGGAAGGGGACUCCAGAGAGCACUAAGCCUUCUCCUCAUCCAUCAUAGUCUGUAUAGCCUGUGGCUUUCAUGUGGUCAGUGUGAUGACCUCAUAAUGUUCUAGGUAAUUCUGCCAUGUUCUGUCUCUAUACCUAGACAUGACCUCAGGUGUACAGUCACAUUGGAAACAUAAAAAGCCUUGCAUCUGAAUUGUGAAAUUCAAUGUGUGUUAUAUUUAAAAUACCACAAUAAUUGAGUGGCCAUUGCUACAGUAAAUAUUAUUAGGGGGUAUCUACCCCACUGUAGAUCAUUUAGUUCCCAAAUAAAAGACACAAAACUUUUAGAUUUAGAAUAAGCCUUAAAGUACUAGAACUGGGCAGACAUCAACCCUCUGUGCUAUUUUUUCUGCUUCCCUGUCCAUAACCCGGAGGUAUUGCUUGCCAUGCUCUGCCUGGACCACUCCUGUUCUGACAGGCUGGCCCUCAUGGCAAUACACUCACGAUCCACCUACCCUAUGGGGUGGUGUCUCCUUCCUUGUCCUCCCAUGUCCUUUCUCUCUCCUCGUGGACCCUGCCUGAGUCCCCAGGCCCAGGGAAACUUUGCCCUGUCCCCUCUCUUCUGCCCAGCCCAUGUUGUAGGGAUUUUAUUAACCAAUCAGGGAUAACAUAGGAGGCAAAAAAAAAAAUCUGGUAUACAUGAGGAUCUCCUUGUCUUGGAGCAACCAGGCGUUAGGGUACAGAAUUUAGCAUUUGAAUAUACAGCAGCACAGACCAACCCAUUAUAUGCCGAUCUACUUUGUAGUUGGACUCAAAGCUUGGCUCUCACACCCGUUAGAUAUUCAACCCUGGAGAAGUUAUUUUACCUUUGUGUGACUCAAUUCCCUUAUCUGCACAGUGAGGAUGAUAACGAGUGUUUAAUUCACAGAGUUGUCUUUGGGACUGAUGAGUCAAUAUAUUUAGUAGUUAAGUAGUGGCUAUCAUUGCCAAGGUUUUCCCAAGUCACGUCUAGGAGGUCAACUGACUCCUAGGUGAGUCUUUGGUUACACUGCUUCAGUUUUCUGUUGCUACACUGUCCAAAUGGCACCCACUGGUCACACGUGGCUAUUUGAGAUGAACUAAACUUAGAACUAAAAUCUGCAUCUUUAGUCACAUCAGGCAAACCAGGAGGCAAACAGCCAGCCAGAAUCCAUAGCCAGAAACACUGCAGAUAUAGAAUAUUUCUAUCAUCUACAAAUUUCUCAUGGACAGCAGUGGUCUAGGUUCUUGGUGUCUGGUUUUUCCUUCAGGGAGAAUUACUUGCUGUACUAAUAUCCAACGGUUUAUUUUUAAAGCAACGUUACCAAAAUAUGACUUACUCACCCCCAAAUUAAUCCAGUUCAAGUCUACAAUGCAAUGGUUCCCCAUAAAUCUACCCGAGUUCGUCGCUAGACCACGGAACAAAAGAACGAGAGUGUAUGCAGUUAUGUAAAAUGGUAUGCAACAGUAUUGACCACUGCAUAAUUAUAGUGCACUACUUUUGAAUUCUUCAAAAUUCAGGCCUUUUAUUGAUAGUUGUACAAAAAUACAUUAUCCUAGAGUUGAGAAAAUAUUAUACAGAAUUUCAUCUGGACUUUAUAUUUCAUUGAGACUUUAAUAUUUUUGCAUCUUUUGCCAGUAUCUUUAGAUUCUUUGUAAGAGUUUAUUUUGUGGAUUUUUUUGCCGAUCUGGUCACUAUUUGAUGCCAUUUCAAUGUUCUCAGGAUUUUGAUGAAAAUAAUACCACAAUGAUAAAGUGAUACUCAUUUUCUUGAGCCAUUUACAUAUGUAUAUACACACAUAUGGGAAGUUAUGUAUACAUAUUUCUAUGCUAUACUGUGUAGAAUACAAUUCUAUUAUACGUCAACAUAUACAGUUUGCUCAAUAUGAUUUCUGUGAAUGUUAUCAGUCAUGGGGAAAUAAUAAGAGCCUGAAUAAACAUGGACAAUAUUUGCAGAAUGCACAUAAAAUUGAA